AUGUACAUUAAAUCUAUAUUUUUAACUUUAUAUAUCUUACAUAUGAUGACAGCAUAUGCUGCAUUACCAUCAUGUAUUUCCGGAACCACAUCAAGCAAUCCUACCUAUGCCAAAGAUGUUUACUUUAGUGUAACAUAA